AUGAAUUGGUGUCUCCUUUUCCUUUGGCAAGCCUUCCUCCCCAUCUCAGGAACUGUGACUGGGAGAAUUUUAACUGUUGAGAAUAUUUCUGCAGUUGAAGGCACCUCUGCUACUUUGCAGUGUCAUCUCUUAUAUACUGCAGCUAAGGUCACACAGGUCUCCUGGAAGAGGAAUGACCAUCUUCUUGCUAUUCGUGACUCUGUGUAUGGAUCUGUGAUUGGCCCAGCCUUCAGAAAUAAGGUGACCUUGGCCCCAGGGUAUGGCAUCACUCUCCUGUCUUUAAAUGCCAAUGACACAGGGGAGUACCGCUGUGAUUUUUAUACCUUUCCUGAUGGGAUUUACAAAGGGAACAUUUUCUUGGAAGUCACAUUGCUAAGCCUUCCAGGAGAUUCAGCAGCAGAGGCACUGGACAGCUCCCAUUCAAGGAUCUCCUUUGGAAUCAUGGUCUCAGCGAUAAUAAUCAGUGCUGCAACAGUCAUCGUGUUGGUGAUCUUGGGUGCCAAGAGAAAAACCUUCAGGACCCAUUCAACAAACUGCCACCAAAGGGGAAGAAGUCCUUCUAAACAGGAAGAAUUGAGAUCCACAUCUCUUGGUAGCUGUCUUCAAACAGAAGUUAUACCAAUGACCAUCAGUCAAGAUUAUCAACAGGAAAAUGACAUAGAGGAAUCGCAUGACUAUUUCAAUAUCAUUAGUUAUAGGAGCCUGAAUAGCUUCAACUUUUCAGUAGAGACAAGGGUACCUAGCAAUGAGGAACAUAAAAUGGAUUCUUAG